AACCUUUGCUUAUCCAUGCAGGUCCAGCAAAGCUGGAAAGAGAAGAGGCCUGGAUAUGCUUUGCACAUGAAGAUCAACUUCUACUUGUGCAGAGAAGUAAUCAGCUACCCGAUUCUCGCACAUUUGGGGCCAGAAGAUGCGUCUGAGAUGGAGAAACAAAGAAAACCAUGCAGCAUGCUGGGGAAAGUGAAGCUUGUAUCCUGCUAGAUUGGGAUUUGACUGGGAGCACUGUGGGAUAGCAGGGAAAGCCAAGGACCGUGUACGCUGAUGUUGGAAAGGAUGAAGGUGAAAGGGCCACUGUUAGUAAUGUACAGUCAUCCCUCUUGUUAAAAUGUCUGUGAAAAGUUAGUGCUGAUCCAGAACUUUCCAGAAGGAUAGACAUCUUGCAACAAACAAGUUAUUGAACUCUUCUGUAGAUCAUAUUCCUUCUGUAUUCAAAUGAAGCAGCUGGACACAAGCAAAUGAGACGCUUUGAAAAGAAGCGGACAGGUAUAUGUCCCUGACGCAUUUUAAAUCAAGAACGACCCUGAGAAGGAGUGGCCUGAAAUCUGCUUUAUCCCAGACGCACAAGGAGCAUUGAUCCAGCUCUGACCCAGAGUGUGUGGGAAGCUGACGCCAGCUCCAUCACACACAGAAGGGGCAGGAACUCUGCAGGUAGCAUGUACUGAACUAUGUAAAUGCUGUUAAGACCUUUUCUUUAUGUUUUGAAAUGCAAAACUGAAGGUAAGUCUGCAAUUACUUCUUUUUAUCCCUUUAAAAUAUUUUCCUAGUCCUUUGGGAAACCUCCAUCAUAUAAAAUUUCUCUCCUUUUCCUUGUUUCCACAGUGCUCAAAAUAAUAUACUCCAAAGGUAAACGUUUCAGUGAAUAUUUCACUAAGAUGAAAGGUGUUUGUUGUGAUACCAUUCAGACUCAGUUUUGAAGACCUGUAAGUUCAUGGCCUCAAAAGAAAGCCCAGCAAUGUUUUUGUUCAGGCUAUUUUACAUCCCAUCAUAAUUCAAAGCUAAGUUAAUGUUUCACCUUGGGCUGCGGUAAAUUAGAUUAAACAGUAUUUCCUCAUUCACAGAGUAACAACAGUUACCCUUUUACUUUGUCUGCACUGCUACGUUGUGCUGAUGAAGGAAAAAACCAUUGCUUAAUCCCCUCUAACAACAGUUGAGACUGUUUUUAAACACAAAAUACGUUUCUGUACUGCAUUGCCCAUUGCUGAGGCAUUUUUAAGACUGCAAAGCCUCAGCCUAUUCUAGGUGAUGAGAACUGUCUUUUGGGUGGCAAACCUACUGCUGCUAUUUUAUAAGCUAAAUAUAAACCCAUGCGAACCUCAAGGUGAUUUUCCCACCUCAUUUUGUUUCACCCAAAAGCAGAAAAUGCUUCUUCCUUGGAAAUUAAUCUCAGAAGUUACUUAAGUGCUCUAUGAGUAAGCUUUUCAGAGAUGUCCUUUCCAAUGGAGGUACCGAACGUGGGCACAGCUGGGCCUGGUGCGGCUCACAAGUGUGUACCUGAAUGACUUUUCGCCCAGGAGCAGUUCCCGUUCCUGCUGUGCUGGAGCUCCUCUCGGGUGAGCGGCUGUGGGACUGGGACUUGGCAUGUAACGGAGAGGAAGAGCUUCAGCUGCUUCAGAAGCAAAACACUGGAGUGUGUCCGUAUCAGCUCUCCGUGACUGGGACAAAAUGAAAACACAAAAGAUUUUGAACUGGGAGGUGUUGAGGUGCUGGGGGGUGUCUGCUGCAUCGGCACCUCCCUGAGGCAUUAUGGCUGCUCCAGUGGAGACACUGCUGUGCCGCAGAGGGGAUCAAUCCCACCGCACGGAGAUCAGCCUAUUAAGGAAUAAUCUCCCAAAGCAUCAGCCAGCCUCAGCGAGGAUCAUCACUGGCUGCACCGCAGCAGAGCAGAGCCUGGCUGGCGGCUGGAGACAGAGCGGGAAGCCACAGAGUAAAUGAAUUGACCAAACAGAAGCCAAACUUGACAUGUUGGAGGAAGAAUUUAUUUCACGUAAGUAAAUCUCAGAAACCUUCAUUUUGAUAUAAUUUAAGACUUCCGUAUGUAUGUAAAGAACUCGGUCCCGCAAGCUGCAGGCAGACCUGUGUACCAUGUUGGGUGGGCAGAUGCAAGCAGAAGCUGCCACUUCCCAGAAGUAGCUUGAAGGAUGAGACAUCUUAAAAACAUAAAUGCAUUACUCAGGCAUGGCUUUAACGCUCUUACAUAAGGACUGAAUCUAAUUCUAUGUAAACCCUUCUUGUAUCUUGGAGUUGCUUCUGACUCUCCCAGGAAUCAGGCCUGCAGUUUAUGGGGUGUCGUAUAAAUAAUAGGCCUGGUUCCUCUCUCUCUCAUACUAAGAGUAGUACUACGUAUCAAGUCUACGUAUAGAACUGUAUGUGCCACUCAUGGUACCAGCACAUACGAAGAGAGGAGCAGGCUCUGUAUUUUAAGUUACCUGGUGUUGGCUUGUCCUGUGCAGCCUGGGACUCGCUCUGGGCAGUUGCCGAUGGCCUGUGGGUGCAGGGUGCUGCUUCGUCGCCUGCUGUGGGAGACAUGGGGGCUGGUCCCUACACAGCGCUGAGGGUCAGCCAUGUGCUGAGACAGCAAGGGUUGCCUCGAGCAAGGGUCACCUCAGCAGUGCCUGCUGUUUCUGGAAUGGAGAGGUAAUUUUUCAUGUGAUGUAAUGACAGUGAUGUGGAUGGAAAGAAUUUAUUUUUCACCAAGAGCAGAAGUUCACAGAAGUUCUUGAAGGAUUUCUACAAGCACCAUAUGGUCACCUGUUCAACUGUCCAUGAUUCCAGAUAACCACUCAAGGCAACUGAAAAAAAAACCCCAAAACCCAAAAAGAGUAAAGCAGUUGGUGCCUGUCACUGAGUAGCCAGCUGCGUGUCACACACCCCACUGCCGCCAGCACCUCCUGCUCUUCCCGGCAAAAACUGGGCCAACAGUGACCUUCUAGACUUGGUCAAGUUGUUAAACUACCUGGUUGAAUUCAGAUUUUCUCAAACAGGGAAACCAGCAGGUCAGAAAAAGGUUCGGUUCCAACCAAAACAGAAACUUUCUGAGGUUUUGAAACGUGAAAGACUUAAGUCAAUAUGAGACAUUCCUUUCAACCCAAAGUUAUGCGCUUUGUUUUACCUUCUCUUAUUUAACACACUUGAAGUCUUUUCUCAAUUUCUUGAUUUAGCCAGAAAAUAUAAACAAGAAAAGAGAUUUUUUUUGAAGCUAAAAGAUUAGAAAGAAUUAAUUUUGGUCUUGCCCACCUGCUGGUACAGGCGCUGCUUCCAGGUUCUCCCACUCCCUUUAUCUCCAUCAGCCUCUCGUGUCCCUUUUUGUCCUGACCAGCCGAGGAGUGAGCUGCCCUAUCUGUUAACAUGUGACAGGAUCCCACUGGCUCUUUAGUUCUGUAAUAAUGAGAUUCAUUCUGUAUAAAUUGAUUUUAGUGUCAAAUAAAUAAGUAUGGUUUUCAGUAAGACUGGCUUGCAUAAAACUGUUGUACAAAAAUUGUUUCCCUGUUGUUAACUCCAUUCUCUUCCUUGCAGUUGCUUCAGAUUUUCUCCUGGCCUGCCAAAAUAGAUUUUCAACCUUCAAAAAUUAAAAAAGAUAGCAAUUUUUUUUUUUCCUGGGAAGAACAAGCUUUAAAGAUGAGAAAAUUGAGAGGCAAAUCAUUUUAGAUCAGCUGAAAAUGAAAGCCUUAUUGAUUUGUUUGGUUAGUAAGUUAAAAUUUGAACAGCUCUUACCAUAAAUCAUCAGAACACCCGACUCUUUCCAGGCAGCUGUCAUGCCAUGAACCUUCCGUUACAAAAUUCCCUGGCUACACACAUCCCCAAAGCAGUCGUCUUUCAAGAUCAGACAACUGCUCACAGUUCAGGCUGGGCAGGGAGAAAAAAGAAACAUUUAAAAAGGGAAGACAGAUUAUAUCUGUCUUAAAUCACUCAAAACCUCUUCUAGAUAAACAAAUAUGUUGACCUUGAAGUGACAUUUUGGCAAAGCCAGCAAAGUCUGAUCCCAGGGUGUGUGGUGCUUUUUGCCUUUUUCAUCAUUUUGUAAUUGCAUUUGGCAACUAUUGUGUUCAUGUCAGUGGCCAAAGAAAGCUCUGCACAGAAUGGUGCAGCCACGAGGCGGUUGUGAAGCUGGAAACUCCUGGCAAUGGUGUAGUCAUGCUUUCUGCCGGAAAGCUGCUCUGCAGGAGUGAAUACAAGGAGCAAAAGGGGGGGGGGUGGUGUCUCUGACUCUGUCCCCCCUCUCUCUGUAGCCCUGUUCUGUGUGCUGGUCGUGUUGACCACGAAUGAGCAACACACCUGGGCAGAGGAAAGGUGGUGAAAGAGCUGCCAGGGCUGCGCUGGUCCUUCAGCAGAGCUAAGCUGCGGCAAAGCCGAAUGAUCAUCUCUUCCCCGUCUGAGGUGAAAAUAAACAGAGCAAAUACAGAAAUAAUCUCCAGAGAUGUUCUGCAGAUAUUUUUGCUUCCUCAGUCUGUGUCUGCUCCUUCCAACCCAAAGGAGGUGCUCCCUGGGUCAUGUAUCCGACCUGCGUGGCAGUGACACAACAUCCCUGCCUGGCUUUGAGAACCUCACCAUGGGAUACAACAAAUACCUCAGGCCCUACUUUGGUGGAGAACCUGUUCAAAUUGCAAUGAGUCUGGACAUUGCAAGUAUUUCUAGUAUAUCUGAGAGCGACAUGGAUUACACAGCUACUAUAUAUUUGCGGCAGCGCUGGACAGACCCCCGGUUGGUCUUUCACGGCAACAAGAGCUUCACGUUAGAUGCUCGUCUAGUGGAAUUGCUCUGGGUACCAGACACCUACAUUGUGGAGUCAAAAAGGUCCUUCCUGCACGAUGUCACUGUGGGGAACCGCCUCAUAAGAUUGUUCUCUAACGGCACUAUCUUGUAUGCCUUAAGAAUCACUACUACUGUUGCUUGUAACAUGGACCUGUCAAAAUAUCCCAUGGACACACAAACGUGCAGACUGCAGCUAGAAAGCUGGGGAUAUGAUGAAAACGACGUCAUCUUCACAUGGUUGAGAGGAAAUAACUCUGUCCAUGGCAUAGAAAAGUUGCGGCUCUCUCAGUACACAGUGGAACGUUACUACACCCUGGUCUCGAAGUCACAGCAGGAAACAGGCAGUUACCCACGACUGAUACUGCAGUUUGAGCUGAGAAGAAACGUCCUUUACUUCAUUUUGGAGACCUAUGUGCCCUCCACUCUGCUCGUCAUGUUGUCCUGGGUUUCUUUUUGGAUCACACUGGAUUCAGUGCCUGCAAGAACCUGCAUUGGAGUCACAACGGUGCUUUCCAUGACAACUCUGAUGAUUGGCUCACGAAGUUCCCUUUCGAAAACCAACUGCUUCAUUAAGGCCAUUGAUGUUUACCUCGGCAUCUGCUUCAGCUUCAUCUUUGGUGCCCUUGUGGAAUAUGCAGUGGCUCACUACAGCUCAUCACAAAAGUGUGUUGCUAAAGGACCUCAAGAGGGGUCUGCAAAUGAGCUCACUAAAGAAAUGGAAGGUGUCAACAUCACUAACAUCCUCAACAGCUCCAUCACCGGCUAUCAACGGAAAAUCAGCUUUACAAGCAUUGAGAUUUCCAGCAAUAAUGUUAACUGCAGUGACUUGACCAUGAAAACUCAUGAGAAAAUCAAAUGUGUCUUGAGAAACAAAAUGCACAGGAUUAUUGGUUAUUUCACAAUUCAGAACCCCAGUAACGUAGACCACUACUCCAAAUUGCUCUUCCCUUUGUUUUUCAUGCUGGUCAAUGUGUUUUAUUGGGCUUAUUAUUUAUAUUUUUAGUAGAAAUUAAUCGCUUCAUUCUCCUACUUCAGCAGGAGAGGAAUCUUGCCAACGGGCAUCUAGAUAUCUAACCACAGUGAAUCCAACGUGGACAAAACACUCUGUUGUGUUUCCUGAGCCACAGAGCAGAAGAGUGUGUGAGGUACUCGAGAUGCAAAGCUUUGGUGCUUCAGCACUAGCAAUGUUGACUCUGGACAACUGCUUGUUCAGCUGAGUGGCUGUGCUGGGCUCUUGUGCUCAUACCUGUUUCAUUCCAGCACCCAGCCUCUCACCUGGCCAGAGAUGGGUGUGUAGGACUGCUUGUGGCAGGCCCCCAGAGCACUACAGGUGGCAAAAUCAUCUUGGUAGUCUGAAGCAGGGUGGAACCUUCUAGUUUAGCUCUCCAAGAGGAUGUAGGAUUAUAGCUGUUAUUCUUUGUUUGCCAGAGAUAAUGGUAACAGAGGGACUGUGCUUGCUGUCUCAAUAGCUCCUCUGUUCAAGUAAGAGAACCCGAAGGCAGCAGUGUGCCAUGUGCAGAGAGGAACAGUUCCUGUGCACGGUGCUUCCUUGUCCCAGGAGUGAUGCGGUGCCAGACCAGUGAUUUCAGUGGUGCUGGCAUCGGCGCAGUGGUACGCCUCGUUGCUUUUAAUACCUGUAGGACUCACUGAGAUAAUCCUCGCUUGCUGAAGGUAUCCAUCUCCAAGACAGAUAGAGGGCUUUUUAUUUGUAGAGCUGUGUUUUUUCCAGAGACUUGGGAACAUAAAAUAUAGGCAGCAGAACUGUUUUGUAACCCAUCUCUUCUACUCUUCCUGUUGUGCUACAGUUGAACAGAUUCUACCACCUUCCAUGUCUUCCUCACAAACAUAUUAUUCUUCAUCCUGGAGAGUGCCUCCUUCAGGUUUCACUGCUAUAAGCAGCUCCUGUUUCUUGCCAGCCAUAUGCAAGAGUGGCCAAUUUGUCAUCCCCUCUUUUAUGUGGCUGUGCAGCUGUGGUAAGUCAGCAGUGCUGCUGGGUGAAAAAACCAUGCGUGGGCUGAGGUACAAUGAUCUAAAUCAGCCUUUUCCUCUCUAUUUUAGGCUGAAACAGUGUUAUGUUUCUGCAGAAAUUCAGAUUCUAAGUGGGCUCUGGAAACUGCCAGAGUUGUUUAUGCUGCAAUCAGCAGGACCCAGAGCUUUGUUUUAGAAAUAAAUUAAAUGUGUGGUGCACACACACACUUACAUUUGAGAACCAAAUGCCAUUUGGUACUAUGUAGCUUAAGGCUACUGAAGUCUUUAUUUCCUGAUUUUAAAAUUAACAUUUUAUGGCAGAUUCCCCCCCACCCCCUUUUGGUCUAUGCAACUUUCAUAACUUUGAGGGCAUAAUCCUGCAGUUAUGUAGGCAAAAUGGUAAUUGCCUGCAGUGGCUACCAUUCAGCAGGCGUUUUGGCAGAGUAAGGCCUCUCAGCAUGUAGCUUAUAUUACAGUAUCACGCGCACGGUGUUUGCUUAGUUUAAGAGUCUCUUACUGGGGUUUCCUAUAGAAGGUGGGCAAAGCACGCAAAACUAUUGAUUUUUUACUUUAAUAACUUUUUAUCGAACCACUUCACCACACUAUAUUGUGAAGGAUCUAAACCACAUAUUCAUAAAUCACAGCUUUUACAAAGAGUAGCACAAGAAGACAAAGGGGAACAGACUGACAAUGGCAAGUGAAUAAACACAAAUUCCAAUAAUGAAAUGUUGGCUUGUAUAUACUGGCAUUUAAAGUCCAUUCCAUAAAAUGUAAUAAAGUGAAUGUUUGUGAUAUGAACACAAAGCCCCAGAGAGAUCCUCUAUUAAAAAAAUCAUUACCUU